GGUUGAAUGUGACGUUGUUGUGAUCUGCAGCAAGGACUCCGUUGACUUAAGGGUGGCCCUAGGUCGAGCAUGUGUGCCUCCUGACAAAAAAUAAUAAUUUUUCUUAUCUCUUGGGCUGCGGCGGGAAACAUCUGGGCACAAAGUUUCCUGGCCAGCCCCCCCACUUCUCUCCUUCUGUCACACCACGGUCCCAUUACACAUCCAGCAUCCCCCUAUCACUCCUCCGGGCUUCAAAUAACAACAUCCUCCUCCUCAUAAGUUAACCACUACCUCCAAUUCACAAACAACCAACACCGCCUUUGGGAACAACCAGAAACGUCACACCCACGAGCCACCACCAAAGAUGACCAAACUACCCUCCCUCUACGCCUUCCCCGACAGUUCCACCCUCCAGCAAAACCUCUACCAAUACAUCCUCCAAGCCCAAUCCGACGCCCUUGCGCGGCACCCAAAGUUCAAGAUUGCCGUCUCCGGCGGCUCUCUCCCCAAACUCCUCGCCUCACCGGUCCUCCUCGCGAGUCGGGACAUCCAUUGGGGCAAAUGGGAAAUAUUCUUCGCGGAUGAGCGUGCCGUGCCGCUCACCGACCCGGACAGCAAUUACGCCCUACUGAAGCAGGAACUCCUAGACAAGAUACCGAAGACGGCAUCGGAACCCACCGUGCACCCCAUCGACCCGGAGAUGCUAUCGGACACGCAGGACCUGGCGGACGCAUACGAAAAAGCCCUCAUCGGCUCGUUCGCUGCGAAGGACUCGGUCAAGCUGCCCAUAUUCGAUCUGCUACUGCUGGGCUGCGGGCCCGACGGGCACACCUGUUCCCUGUUUCCCGGUCAUGGGCUGCUGCGCGAGGAGGACGCCUGGGUCGCUGCUAUAGAGGAUUCACCGAAACCGCCGCCUAGGAGGAUCACGCUCACGUUGCCCGUCGUCACCCAUGCACUCAAGAUCGCCUUUGUUGCGACGGGCGCUGGGAAGAAGGAGGUUAUGAGGAAGAUCUUUGACACCCAUCCCGAGGCGGAGGGCGGGGAAGUACUGCCUUGUGCACUGGUGAAUUUGGGUGCGGGUGACAAGGUCAGUUGGUUUUGUGAUCAGGCGGCAGUGGAGGGUGUGUCCUUCUCAAAGAAGAGUUCGCUAUAGUUUUUGUACAAGUUUUGGUUGGAUGCUGUGUUUCUUUCUUCUGGCGGGGGGUUUGGGGCUGGGUCGAUUUGGUUGAAAACGGUGUAAUCCCGGGAUGGGUGCGGAUGGAAUGGAAAGGUUACGAGGGGCUGUGAUAUCAUAGUGUAACUGGCUUGAUUUCUACAAGUUCUUGCGAUUAACUAGUCAUUCAUUAAUACUGGACCUCCUCCCUCUGUUACGUCUUCUCCUCCAACCAGUGCUUUCCCAGAUGGAGAGAUUGGAUUCGGUGAAAGGGGGGGGGGGGGUUAACAAUGCCACCAUGUCUGCACCUUUU